UUUCCUCAGGAAAUCUUGUUUAAUAAGAGCCAUUGCAACCAAUUUGUAACACUAGAACAAUACAUGGGACGUACAGGAAACCAGAUGUUUGAAAUAGCUUCUCUGCUUGGGAUAGCAUUGAUUUAUGAUAUUAUACCAAUCAUUCCUUCCAAUACACUAUUGAAAAGGUUUUUUAAUUUACCAAAUAUCGCAGACAGGAAAAAAUAUGGAAUACAAAAUAAGGUUGUGCAUCGAUGUUCUAGACCUGCAAAAAUAUGCAGCAUAUCUAAGGAAUUCGCGUCAGGGAAAAAAAUAUCUUUGUUUGGUUAUUUCCAGUCCUGGAAAUAUUUUGAAACUGCUAGUAGUUUGAUAAGAAACAUAUUCAAAUUUAAACAAAGGCAUGUAUAUAAUGCCAACACUUUUCUCUCAAAUGUUUCAUUGAAUGGUUUUGAGCGAGUUUGUUUUCAUGUCCGCCGAGGGGAUUUUAUAAAAAAGGCACGACUUGACAAAGGAUAUGCCAUACCAGAUGUGGCUUUUUUUGAGAAAGCAAGGCAGUUUUAUCUUAAUAAAUUUCAUCGAGUUCAAUUUAUUGUUGUAAGUAAUGAAAAGGAAUGGUGUAUGAAAAAUAUAUUUAAUGUUCAUGUCAGUAAUUUUUCAGACCCUGCAGAUGAUCUCGCUUUGUUAUCGUUGUGUGAUCAUGUUGUCGUAACUCUGGGCACAUUUGGAUGGUGGGGUGCAUGGCUUUCAGGAGGAAUUACUGUUUAUUUUGAUUUCUUUCCACAAAAUGGAAGUAUGUUAGCACUAGGAACAAAGGAAGACUAUUAUCCACCAAGCUGGAUAGGCAUCCGAUAGAAAUAUCAUUUGUUUAUGACGCCAAGUAUUUCAGUUUUCAUCCGCAAAUAUUUUCUUUUUUUCCUUUUUUUUAUUCCUUCACUAGAAAUUACGAUUUUGAUCCAUUCUCACCAAAUAUAUAACCAUAUUGAAGAACGCAUUUUGCAAAUUGCAAGUUUAAUUAUUGAAUUGUAUUGAUAAAC